CCAUGGCGGCGGCGUGGGGACGGUGCGUGUCUCGGGCAUGGCUCUGCAGGCGCGACCUGUCUCAUCCCCAAACCCCUAAGGGCGGCCCCAGUUUCGGCCCCAAUAACCCGACCCUUGUUCCGCUUUGCAGAACGGCCUGGCAGGGCUGCGGCCGAAACUACCGCGCCGCGCUGUGCACCGAGUUGAAGCGGCCCCUGGUCAUUGAGGAGGUGUCCCCUCGCCCUGUCAAGCCGCACGAGGUCAGAGUUAAUGUUCAUUUCUGUGGGAUUAACUUCGCUGAUAUUUUGGCCUGUCGUGGUCAGUAUCAGGAGAGGCAUCAACUUCCCUUCACACCCGGAAUCGAGUUUUCUGGGAUGGUAUUGGAGACAGGCACAGAUGUCAGCAUGGUGAAAGAGGGAGAUCGAGUCAUUGGCCUGCCUGGCUUUGGUGGUAUGGCUGAAGAAUGCAUCACUGACCACAAGAACCUGUGGCAGAUUCCAGAAAAGGUGUCCCUCCGAGAAGCUGCCGCCCUGCCCGUGUCCUAUGGCACUGCUAUUUUCGCCCUGGAGCAUCGGGCCUGUACCCAGCCUGGAGAAACUGUUUUAGUGACGGCAGCGGCUGGAGCCACAGGCCUCGCCGUGAUAGAUGUGGCGACAAACAUUCUUCAGGCCAAGGUAAUAGCUGCAGCUGGAAGUGAUGAAAAGUGUCAGCUGGCGAUGCAGAGAGGGGCACAGUCCAGUGUGAACUACAGUCGGGGCAGCCUUAAGGAGGCCGUGGGGAAGCUGGUCGGCACUGGCGGGGUGAACGUGGUCAUUGACAUGGUGGGAGGAGACGUCUUCCUGGAGGCUCUCCGCAGCCUGGCGUAUGAGGGCAGGAUCGUGGUGGUAGGUUUCGCUGGAGGAACCAUUGCUUCUGUACCAGCCAAUCUUCUGCUGCUGAAGAAUAUUGCUGCCAUGGGGCUCUACUGGGGCAGAUACCGGCACCAGAACUUUCCCAUCUUCUCCAGAAGCCUAUCCUCAGCACUCCAGUACUGCCAAGAAGGGCGCAUCCAGCCGCACAUUGGAGAGGUUUUUAAACUGGAAGAGGUCAAUGAUGCCUUCCUUCAUGUCACACAGCGUAAAUCCACAGGCAAGGUGCUUCUCUCCCUUAAAUAAAUUUUCACUUCAGCAAACUCAGCAUGUCUAAAUCCAAACUCAUCAUCUUUCCAAUAAGAUGGCAAUGACGACCCUGUAUGCAAGACAGGAAAAAAGACACAGCUGUGUAUAACGGACUUUUGGACUCAGAGGGAGAGGGAGAGGGAGGGAUGAUUUGGGAGAAUGGCAUUCUAUCAUGUAUACUAUCGUGUAAGAAUUGAAUCGCCAGUCUAUGUCUGAC